GGGCAGGGGCGGCCCCCAGCCGGUCAUUGCCAUUAAUAGAGCCCUGAAACACCGCCUGCUAAAAAUACCCGGCUGGAGGCCCAUAAAAGCGCAGCCCGCCAGCGCCCAGCACUUCUCGCCCCGGCCAGACCCCUGAGCAGAGCCAGCAUGACCGAGCGCCGCGUGCCCUUCUCGCUCCUGCGGGGCCCCAGCUGGGACCCCUUCCGCGACUGGUACCCGGCGCACAGCCGCCUCUUCGAGCAGGCCUUCGGGGUGCCCCGGCUGGCCGAGGAGUGGUCGCAGUGGUUCGGCACCAGUGGCUGGCCGGGCUACGUGCGGCCGCUGCCCCCCGUCGUCCCCGCGCUCGAGGGCCCCGCGGCGCCCGCCUUCAGCCGCGCGCUCAGCCGGCAGCUCAGCAGCGGCGUCUCGGAGAUCCGGCAGACGGCCGACCGCUGGCGCGUGUCCCUGGACGUCAACCACUUCGCCCCCGAGGAGCUGACGGUCAAGACCAAGGACGGCGUGGUGGAGAUCACCGGCAAGCACGAAGAGAGACAGGACGAGCACGGCUACAUCUCCCGGUGCUUCACCCGGAAAUACACGCUGCCCCCCGGUGUGGACCCCACCCUGGUCUCCUCCUCCCUGUCACCUGAGGGCACACUCACUGUGGAGGCCCCCCUGCCCAAGCCAGCCACGCAGUCGUCGGAGAUCACCAUCCCUGUCACCUUCGAGGCGCGUGCCCAGCUUGGGGGCCCAGAAGCUGGGACAUCCGAGCAGUCCGGAGCCAAGUAAAGGCCUCAGCCCUCCUGCCCACCCCAGCGGCCAUCACUGGCCAUCCCUCUCUCUUACAUUUGUGUUCUUUUGAUACGUUUCCCUUCUGUUUUUCUCAAAUAAAGUUCAAAGCAAC